GUGCGCACUACGGUUGUUUUCGGUUUGAAAGUGCGGUCAUUUCAAAACGGAGCCAUACCGAGUGCCACUGCCGAUUCGUAAUCGAAAACCAAGAACAUUGUUUUUUUCGUUGAAAGUGGCCUAAUUUAGGUGUUAAUUGAAGUAUAAAUUUGCAAAGAUAAGACAUUUGCUGUAGAAUUACUUACAUUUUUGCCUUUUGCGAUCGAUUUUGAAGGCGGGUGGUUUUGCCUUGUGACUUGAGAACUGAUGUGAGGUAAUUAAAGUGUAUUGCUGAUUGCAGCUCUUGCUGUCAUUUUUGCAUCCAGCAUCCCUUCAUUAUUUCCUGUAACUGUGGAAUAUCGAUGAUUAUUAAUAGUGACAAUCUUUGAGAAUCGUCCUUCGAUCGAGCAGACCGCAGUGAUCUGUGGAUGGACAGCUGAAGUUCUUCGUCAGCUUUUACUACUGUAGCUUUCAAAGCCUUCGUGAGCAAAAUGACCGACCGGCAGGCCACCGCUCCACUUCCUCUGCUCCCAAAUCCGGCUCCAUCCACGGCCAGAAAUUUGUCUUUACGUGCCCAAAAGAAAAUUCUUGGUUCAGUGGCUACUAAGAACGUUGUGAAAUUGUUCAUUGACGACCGGUCAGCGCACUUGCUCGAUAUUCUCCACCAACUGACUCGCGAAUACACGAACAAUAAGCGCCGUGCCGAUAAAUUGCUCAACUACACCAUAAAAACCGCAAUAAAACUGGCUGUACUGAUUCGCAAUGAACAACUGACCGACGCGCAGCUGGUCCGCUGCGGGGAGUUUCGACGUAAAUUCCAUCAGGCGGCUGUGACAUUUAUCAGCUUUCACGAGGUGGACUUUUCCUUUGAUAAGGUAUACUUGCGGGAGAUUAUGAAGGAUUGCGGGGAGCUGUUGAAAGGUGUCGUUGAAAUGCAUCUAACCGGCAAAUCACUGCAUCGUAUUGAUGAAGUGUUCAAGUUCUAUGGAGAUGAUGUUUGGUUGGAGUGGUUGUUUCUGGAUAGUCGGCAUCGUGAUAGUCUGCACGCGGCGGUUAUGGAUUUGCAUCAGCUAUUGCGAGAUGGCGUCAUUUAAGGAGAAUUCUGGAAAUUGUUUUAAACAUCCAUUGUGUCUUUCUUGCCUCGGCGAUCCCGUAAUUUUGUACUUACUGAUCAGAUUAAUUUUAUUGUCUGCACGAAUUCCUUCUGCCUACCUUUUUAUGUGCCUUCCAAGUUGCAACGUCAUUCUAAAUUUUGAUGCGCAAUAACUUUCACACAAAAUUUUGUAGUAAACUCGAAUUUUUGUCGAUUAGCGAAUGUCAACCUCCAAA